AAAAAAAAAAAACAGGAGCACACCUCGAGCCACGCGCAGCUCGGUGGGCACCGCGCGUGGCGUCUGUCCGUCCCGUUUACCGGCGGAGGAGCGCGAGAAACCGCAGAAACCCCCCUCCCUCCCUCCCUCCCUCCUUCCCUCGUGCUGCACUGUUGACACGCUGGUGUCAGUGUUUCCACCGCUCGCGUGCGUGCUGUGCGGUAAAUAGUGAUUGACUGGUUAGUUGAUUGAACAGUGUGCUGUUUCAACCGGUUUUUGGAUUUAAAUAUUCUCAUCGAUCUACUGGUGCUGUUGUCCAGUGAAGUCCAACCGACUUAAUCUCCUCCAGAGACUCCGGAGACGCGGAUAUCGUCCACCACCGUGAUUACCGGGGGGACCAUGCCGGGCUCGGUGUCUCUCCCUGCCCGCCAGACCGCUCGGGGUCGCGGGGAAGAUGAGCGAAGGACGUCUGCCUGCGGACCGCAGGUAGUUCUGCCGGUCGGGAUGAUCGAUCCGUCAGUUCCGAUCCGCAAUAUCCAGAUGAAAUUCGCCGUGCUGGACGGCUUGGUUCAGGUCGGACAGGUCAGCGACCGGGACAUCGUGGAGACGGUGUUGAAUCUUUUGGUGGGGGGUGAGUUUGACCUGGAGACCAACCACCUGAUCCAGGAGGCCGACGGCGUGCUGUGCAUGCUGGACCUGCUCCGGCGCUGCCCCGCCCCCACCCAGGCCCAGGUGUGGGCCACCUUCACCGCCAUGCUGCGCCGGAGCCUGCGCAACAGGCACACCUGCACCCAGGUGGGCCUCGUCAGGCACCUGCUGCUCGCGGUGGGCGGCGCCGACGACGUCAUCGCAGAGCUGCUGGUGGAGCUACUGUGUGUGCUGGCCCACUACAGCAUCGCGGUGGGGGAGCUGAAGCUGCUGCUCACGCUGCUCCGCGGGGAGCAGGGGGGCAUCUGGCCCAGGCAUGCGGUGAAGCUGCUGUCGGUGUUGAGCCUCAACACGGAGCCCCAGACGGCCGGCCCGGACACCUUCUUCAGCUUCCCAGGACACAGAGCUGCCGCCAUAGCGUUGCCUCCUAUCGCCAGGUGGCCGUAUCAGGGCGGCUUCACCCUCAGCACCUGGUUCAGAAUGGAUCCGCUCGGCAGCAUCAGCAGCGACGGCGACAAGCCGUACCUCUACUGCUUCCGCACCAACAAGGGGGUGGGCUACUCUGCGCACUUUGUGGGCAACUGUCUGAUCGUCACGUCGCUCAAGUCUAAAGGGAAGGGGUUCCAACACUGUGUCAAGUACGACUUUCAGCCCAGGAAGUGGUACAUGAUCAGCGCGGUCCACGUCUACAACCGCUGGCGGAACAGCGAGAUCCGUUGCUACGUCAACGGGCAGCUGGUCUCCUACGGCGACAUGGCGUGGCACGUCAACACCAGUGACAGCUACGACAAGUGCUUCCUGGGCUCGUCGGAGACGGCCGACUCUAACCGGGUGUUCUGCGGCCAGCUCGCCGCCUUCUACGCGUUUAGUGACGCGCUCAACCCCGCGCAGAUCUUCGCCAUCCACCAGCUCGGCCCGAGCUAUAAGAGCACGUUCCGGUUCCGCUGGGAGAGCGACACCCACCUGGCGGACCACCACAAGCAGGUCCUGUACGACGGGAAGCUGUGCGCCGCGCUCUGCUUCACCUACAACGCCAAGGCCACCGACGGACAGCUCUGCCUGGAGUCCUCGCCGCGCGACAACGCGUCCAUCUUCGUCCACUCGCCGCACGCACUCAUGCUGCAGGACGUCCGAGCCACGGUGACCCACUCCCUCCCCAGAGCGCUGCACUCUGUAGGGGGCGUCCAGGUCCUGUUCCCCCUCUUCUCCCAGCUGGACCAUCAGCGCCUGCCCGGUGACAGCCACCCAGACACCAGUGUGUGCGCUUCCCUCCUCUCCUUCCUGAUGGACCUGUUGAAGAGCUCCCUGGCCAUGCAGGAGCAGAUGCUCGCCACCAAGGGCUUCCUGGUGAUUGGCUACCUGCUGGAGAAGUCGUCACGCGCCCACCUCACGCGCGGCGUGCUGGAGCAGUUCCUGUCCAUCGCCAAGUACCUCGACGGUCUGGCCCACGGAGCCCCGCUGCUCCGACAGCUGUGUGACCACAUCCUGUUUAACCCCGCCAUCUGGAUCCACGCGCCAGCCAAGGUGCAGCUGUCCCUCUACACCUACCUGUCGGCAGAGUUCAUCGGCACGGCGACCAUCUACAGCACCAUCCGGCGCGUGGGCACCGUGAUGCAGCUCCUCCACGCCCUCAAGUUCUACUACUGGGUGGCGGACCCCUCCGGCAACACCCGCGUCGCCCCCAAGGGCCUCGAUGGCCCCCGGCCCACCCAGAAGGAAGUCCUAUCUCUCAGAGCCUUCAUGCUGCUCUUCCUGAAGCAGCUCAUCCUGAAGGAUCGGGGCGUGAGGGAGGAUGAACUCCAGGCCAUCCUCAGCUAUCUGCUCACUGUGCAGGAGGACGAGAACCUCCAUGACGUGCUGCAGCUGCUGGUGGCUCUGAUGUCAGACCACCCCUCCUCCAUGGCGCCGGCCUUCGACCAGAGGAACGGCAUACGGGCAAUCUUCAAGCUGCUGGGGUCUAAGAGCGAGAACAUCCGAGUUCAGGCCCUCAAAGUCCUUGGCUACUUCCUCAAGCACCUCGGGCACAAGAGAAAGGGGGAGAUCAUGCACACGCACAGCCUCUUCACUCUGCUGGGCGAGCGACUGCUGCAGCACACGGUCACGCUGACCACGUACAACACGCUGUAUGAGAUCCUGACGGAGCAGUUGUGCACUCAGGUGGUCCACACACCUCACGUAGAGCCCGACUCCACCGUCAAAAUCCACAACCCCAUGAUUCUGAAGGUGAUGGCCACUCAACUGGUAGGCGUCGCCCCCCAUAGUGAGCAAACAGGCUCCGCCCCCGGAACUGACCUCAUGGAUGUGAGACGCCUCUUCCUGUCUGACAUGAUCAAGCUGUUCAGCAGCAGCCGCGAGAACCGACGGUGUCUGCUCCAGUGUUCAGUGUGGCAGGACUGGAUGUUCUCCCUGGCUUACCUCCACCCGAAGACGCCAGAGGAGACCAAGGUGACGGAGAUGGUGUUCAACAUCUUCAGGGUGCUGCUCUACCACGCCAUCAAGUACGAGUGGGGCGGCUGGCGAGUCUGGGUCGACACGCUGUCCAUCGCUCACUCAAAGGUGACCUACGAGGCGCACCGGGAGUACCUGAUCCAGCUGUACGAGGACUACCACAUCCUGGAGGAGGAGGACCUGAGGAGGGGGAGGGAGGCGGCGGGCGUCCGCACCGUCUCCGGCCUCUCAGCCCCGCCCCUCGCCGCCUCCUCCUCCUCCUCCUCCUCCUCCUCCUCUUCCUCCUCCGGCGUCAACGGCACGGCGGAGAUCAGAGAGAACGGCGACAGCUCCACCCGGACCCCCGAGAGGGCGGGGAAGGGGGGGGAACCCCACCGCGCCCUGGACGAGAGGCGGAGGAGGAGGAGGAGGAGCGUGGCCGCGGUGGAUCCGAGCGGGGGGGGGCCGGUGGCGGACGUGGAGGCGCCGGAGGUUGACCUGAUGGGGGCGGACGUCUACUGCGCUGCGGCGGUGGCGCUGAACGCCGCGCCGACGCAGGCGGGCGGCCUCGCCGCGGCGGAACACACCGCUCCUCUGAUCUCCCUGGACGACGACGACGACGACGACGCCACGGACACGGACACGGACACCGGCCUCCUGUUGGGGCGGACGGCGGGGAGUACCGGCGUCGGGGAGAUCCCGACCGGGCGCCUCGAUCUACCCGACGCCGCGCCGAGGGUCCAAAACGGCGGCCCAAGUCUGCCGCCGCACGGGUUUCCCAACAUCCUGGAGCAGGUGGAGGAGGAGGAGGAGGAGGAGGAGGAGGAGGUGGAGGAGGAGGAGGUGGAGCCGCCUAAAGUAUGGUCCGGCAUGAAGGAUCGCGCUGCCGGGGACGGUACGGCAGCGUCUGCGGGAUACGUCCGGGACGCCUCGGACGCCGAGAGGUCCGGCGAGGUCGAGGACGAGGAGAUGAGGACCGGGACCAGCUCCUCCUCCUCCUCCGCUCAGGUGCAUGACGAGCGGGGCGUGCACGGCAGUGAGGAGCAGCAGCAGCAGCAGCAGCGCCGGAGGUUCAGCCCGGGGCCCCGGACCAGCAUGUUCCGCAUCCCAGAGUUCAAGUGGUCCGCCGUGCACCAGCGCCUGCUCACCGACCUGCUGGUGGCGCUCGAGGCCGACAUGCUUGUCUGGAGGAGCCACUCCACCAAGUCGGUCAUGGACUUUGUCAACAACAACGAGAACAUCAUCUUUGUCCACAACACCAUCCACCUCAUCUCGCAGAUGAUCGACAACGUAAUCAUCGCAUGCGGAGGAAUCCUUCCUCUGCUCUCUGCCGCCACUUCGCCUUCGGUGAACCGCAGACCCCCGUUUCCCCGAUACGAGUGUGUGUGUGACGGACGCUGUGUCUGUGGUUCCCAGGUGGAGCUGGAGAACCAGGAGGCGUCCCAGGGCAUGUCCCCGGAGACGGCGCUCUCUGUCCUGGGACGGCUGGUCUCACUGGUGGACGUCCUGGUGUUCGCCAGCGCCCUCAACUUCUCCGAGGUUGAGGCAGAGAAGAACAUGUCGCCUGGAGGCCUCGUCAGACAGUGCCUCCGACUGGUGUGUUGUGUGGCAGUGCGGAGCUGUCUAGACUGCAGACAGAGACAGAGAGACAGAGGAGGCAAGGCCCAAGAGACACUGCCCAAUGGUGCAGUGGUGUGCAAGAAAUCGUGUUUACCGACAGUGACCUCUGACCUCUCUCCUCUCUAGGACCCGGAGCGCCUCCUGCAGGAUGUGGAUAUCAACCGACUGCGUGCCGUGGUGUUCAGAGAUGUGGACGACAGUAAGCAGGGCCAGUUCCUGGCGCUGGCCGUCGUCUACUUCAUCUCCGUCCUCAUGGUGUCCAAGUACCGCGACACCCUGGAGCCCCAGAGGGAGACGGGCAGGCCCACCAACCAAUCAGAAGCCAGCGUGCGUCCAGAGCUCAACUCACCCAGCAUCACAGACUGCCCCCUAGUGUUCAGCAGCAGUAGCAGCAGGUCUGGGUUCCUCCCUAUCGACGAGGAGUCCCCCCCCCAGGUGCGAGGCGUGCAGAACGGAGGCGUCCCGGAGCUGCACGGCGUCUCCUCCCUCUCCUCCUCCCUGGAGGGGGGCAGGAGGGGGAGGUCCCAGGACGGCCUGCCCCGCCCCCCGUCAGUCAGCAGCAUCAGCCAGGGCCCGCGGGGCGCCAACGUCCGGGACAUCCUGAAGAGUCUGGUGUCCCCCCCGGGGAGGGAGGGGCAGAGACCCUGCUACCCCGACCCCAACACCCUGACCCACGCCGCUCUGCCCCGGCUCUUCCACUCCUUUGACAGGAGUGUGGUGGUCCCGGUGAAGCAGCCCCCCGCCACCGGCGUCGUCAUCACCACGUUGGGUGUCUCCAGCGCCAACCCUGGUCUCCCUGGCAACGGUUCGCCAAACAUUCUCAGCGCCCCCGCCCCCACCUCGGCCGCUGCCACGCCAAAAGCAUACAACUGGUAUUCAACCCAUCUCUGGUCUGGAAAUGGUCUAACUGGUUCUAACUGGUCUCUCCCCAGCCAGGACCAGGACUCGUGGCGUCUCGACUACUGGGAAGACGAUCUCAGGAGGAGAAGGCGAUUGGUCAGGAACCCGCUAGGCUCCGCCCACCAGGGAGUCACCAGAAGAGCGCUGGAAGACUAUGCCAGGGUGGAGGACGGCCAGCUGAGGUACCAGAAGGCGCUCCGGGGGGCCACGGGGUCCUGCCGGAGCCCCGAGACGGAGCUGAUGCUGGAGGGAGAGGACGAGGUGGUCAGCCUCCUGCAGGAAAAGGACACGGACAACCUGGGAGGCCCGGUGGUGCUGAGCAGCCCGGCCCGGCUGGUCUGCCCGCUGCUGGAGGUCAGCGGGACCCUCUCCAUCUCCACCUCCCAGAUCUGCUUCGAGGUGGACCAAGACGACCCGGCCUUCGCACGGCUCGACUCCCAAGUAGGUCACCCCCACAAAGUUGCAUUCAUCCACAUGUAUCAUUAUGGUGAUGAUCAUUAUGGUAACGGGGGUUGUCGACGUGUUCAUCCAAUCAGCCGAAUUGGAAAUAUGAACGUAGACGUUAUGUCCUUCUUUAUUUUCUCGAGUAACAGUGGCAGCGGUGGCCGUCAGAUCUCAGACCUCGUGGACCACAGCAUCAGCAUCAACAGCCUGUGUUUCCUGGUUACUGCCGACAACCACUACAUCCUUGCCUGUGGUUUCUGGGACAACAGCUUCCGGGUGUACUCCUCAGAAACAGGCAGUCAGAGCCAGAUCGUGUUCGGCCACUGGGACGUGGUGACGUGUCUGUCCCGGUCAGAGUCCUACAUCGGGGGGGACUGCUACGUGGUGUCGGGCUCCCGGGACGCCACCCUGCUGCUGUGGUACUGGAGCGGACGCCACCACGCCAUCGGAGACAAUGCCAACAACAGUGACUUCCCUGCUCCUCGCGCAGUGCUGACUGGACACGACCACGAGCUGGUGUGUGUGGCGGUGUGUGCCGAGCUGGGCCUGGUCAUCAGUGGAGCUAAAGAGGGACCGUGCUUAGUGCACACCAUCACGGGGGACCUUCUGCGGGCCCUCGAGGGGCCUGACAGCUGCGGGGCCCCCCGCCUCAUCACCGUGUCCAGCGAGGGUCACUGCAUCAUCUGCUACCAGGGGGGCCCGGGGCAAGGGCACUUCUGUACCUUCAGCAUUAACGGAAAACUACUGGCCAGCCUGGAGCUGGCCGACUCCACCAGGGCCAUCCUGCUGAGCAGUGACGGCCAGAACCUGGUGACGGGGGGGGACCGAGGGGUGGUGGAGGUGUGGAGGGCAUGUGAUCUGAAACGCCACUACGUCUACCCUGGCUGCGACGCUGGCAUACGAGCCCUGGACCUGUCACAUGACCAGAGGACCCUGGUGACCGGCAUGGCGUCUGGUAGCAUCGUGGCGUUCAACAUCGACUUCAACCGCUGGCACUGUGAGAAGCACAGCCGCGACUGAGGCUGGACUCCAGGUGAGGAACAGCUGAGCUCACCUCCCCAGGUAGAGAGCUAACCACACCCAGAGAGGUAAACCCCUCAACACCUACCCUCACCGGGGAAAGGUAGAAGCCCUUAACAUCAACCUCGCCAGGCAGAGAGCUAACUACAGCUUGCAAGGAAGAAACGUCUGAACUCACCUGUACAGGUAGAAACCCAGGCGUAUACCUGUACAGGUAGAAACCCUAAGCUGUAAAGGAGGGAGUAACACCUGAACCGGCCUUUUCAGGUGGAAUCACUUGAAUUCACCUGUACAGGUAGAAACACCUGAACUCACAUGUACAGGUAGAAACCCCUAGCCUUACCUGGAGAAAAAGUGGAAACAAAGACCCUUACCUGUAUAGGUAGGAACUCCUACAUAUUUACUUCACCUGGAGAAGCGGUAGAAACACCUGCGGUAGAAACACCUGGCCAGGUAGAGAUACAUCACCUUACUGGCCCAAGUGGAACUACCUUGACUUUCCUGGAGAAGACAUUCGCACCAGAUAGCAAAGGUCAGCAGGAUGCUACAAAAUGUAGCCCUGAAGACGGAUCUGGAUCUGGUUUGUCAUGAGUCUGAUAUUUGUCCCUGGAGAUUGUAUAUCAGAAACUUCUACAAAUGCUGGCCAAGGGCCAAGUCUGGCAGGUUGUAAAUUGGGAUUAAGGAUUGCCUGAGCUUCAUAUGUGAAUAAAAGUUUGCACAUGAUAAAAUGUAUUGAUUUAACAACAACUAAACAUAAUGUUUUUAUACAACCUUGGUUCAUAUUUCAAGCUGUGAACAAAAGAUUAAUCAAAACAUCUGUUUAGGACGUUUAUACAACAUUUGUAUGUCAACAACACACCUUACUUGGAGUACAUUUUAAGUGAAAAACAUAUACAGAACUUAUGGACAGUUUAAUAUGUGGUAAAAAGACAAUAGUUAAAUUGUCUUCUUCAGUUAAUACAUAAAUUACAUGAUGUAGCAUUUUUUUAAUAUUUGUCUUAUUUAAAAACGUUGACUACUUAAUGCAAGAGAAUGUGUCCAUUUGUCGCUUGUUAUAGUUGAGCCGUCUGAUUUAUGGCAAAAAUAGUUAAUUGAUUAAUUUCCAUUUCCGGACUGUUUGAAUGGAGGUCGUAAGGAUAUGUUUCUUGUGAGGAUGAUUCAUAAGUUAAAACAAAAAAUAUGUCUUAAAUUACCUACUUGUGGGUCCAUGGGAGAAAAAAAAGGAACAUAGAGCAGUAAUUUGUGUUAAGACAAGGCCAAUGUUAAUUGAACACAAAACCUGAAUCACUAUACAAAAAAUAUUAAACAGGUUCGAUAGUUACUAAUAAACUAAUCCAUAAUGUAUUUAUUUUGUGUCAUGACCGUUUAAAAGUAUGUCACAAAAAGCUCUUGACAAAGGAGGUAAGAAUUCCUCAAAAAACUUUUGAUUUAAAGGGUCUGUUAAAAGUGUUAAGUGUUUUGAAUCAGGAGGCAAAAUCUGAAAUGUUUAAACUAAAACUGUAUGUAGCAUCUGUUGUGUGAGACAUUUAAAGUGUUCAGUAAGAAAUAUAUUUUCCAUAACUGAACCAGACAAAAUCUCCUUAUGUACAGUAACAGAAGGUAUGUUUUCAAAGUCUACAUUACAUCAUUUUCACACAUUUCCUGGCCUAGCGAGAUCUUGUCAAUUUUUUUAAUGACUGACUUAUUGAAUACAUAUAAUUUAAGUGUCAUUAAUCAAAAGCAAAAUGAACAAACCAUUCCCAUAAUGUUCUGAAUAUGCGAAUAGUUUAGUUUGUUAUAUUCUUUAAGUGCAAUAUGUUUUUAUUUUUCUUAAAUAUUACAUUAUGCCUGCAUUUUAAGAAAUAAUUAUUACAUAUUUUGUUGCAGAUUCAUGUUGGUUUACAUUUAAAUUGUACGCUGCAGGAUAUUUUCUUGUUGAGUUAUUAUUGAUUAAAACCAUAUUGUUUUGCAUAUGUUGCCUCUAAAAAUGGAAAGUGUCUUUUAUUCUUUUUAUUCCUUUUUUUUGGUUUUUAUAAUAAAAAAGGAUAAAUAAA